CUCUAAAUAUCAAAAUAAUGAGGGAAGAAUCUCAAGAAGAAUACUUAAUGACAACGUCACAAAGAUCAAAACAGUAGACAAAAGUCAGAGCACCAAUUCAUCAAAAUUCUAAUGUAAAAUAGUUUUCUUUAUUACAAUGUUCUGCUUCUGACUUAAUCACUGUGUAUCUAUCUAUAUAUUAAUAAACUGAAAAUUUUUGGUUCAAAAACAUAGUUAAAACUUCUACUGUGAUCACAGAUAAUGAAGAAAUACUUGUAAACGAAUAGAAAAGUGAAAAAUGACAAGAAAAUUUCUUCAGUAGAAAAAGCAAAUUACAGCCUUUAAUCUCGGUGGCUAAAUAAGAACAAAAUUUUAUAUAUUUGUACAACAUGCGCGAUAUACCAGAGUGUUUGAGCCGCCGUUACCAGGUUCUAGAUGAACUUGUAGAAGACUUGACUUUGAUGGCAUCCACUCAAGGCACACGGAACCAGUGUCCCAAGGAGGCUAAUGAUGCCAGCGUAAAACUGAUGUGUGAAUUCUGGAAUAUUUUGAAAGAAAACCCAGAUUGUAACUUGACGCAAGCAGUUCGUGAGCGGAUGGGCUUGGACAAUAAGGCCAACUUUAGUUUUAGACCGCACCGGAUGACUUGUUUCAUGGCAGAGCAAGAGGAACCAAACACAAACGAAGGUGAACAGAAAAAGAGGACAUGUUGUGUAAAAAGAGUGGAAAGCCCAAAACAAAAUGAAAAUCCUGAAUCGAAAUCAAGUGGCUGUUGCAGUUCCAAAUCUAUAUCUCCGAGGUCGACCAAUGAGGGCCUCCCAUUAAGCAAGGUUCUGUGCAAUUUGAAAGAGGCUGUAUCAUUUGAUAAAAAAUGUAACGCAAGAAUCGGUGAGCUUGUCGAAGCUCAGAAACAGCUAAAAGAACAAAUCCAGCAAUUAGAGGAGAGGGAGAAAGAAGGAACUGAAUUAUUAAAACAAGCCGAAUGUAUGUGGUCAUGUAUGGAGGCUGCUUAUAAGAUGAAAGUCAAGGAGUCGCUUGAGAGGCAGAGUAAUUUAUUAAAACAGAUGAAAGAAAUAGAAACCAGUAAUACAAAAUGGCGUAAAAAUAAGAAAGAUUUAGAAAAUCAGGUAGUAAAUGUAGAUAAGUGUUGUAAAGAAAUAAAGGACAAGCACCAAGAGAAAAAUAAUGACAUUAAGUGUAUAAGGAUGGAAAUAGAUAACUUCAAGGACAGAAUUGAAAAAAAUACAAAACAGCUAGCUGCAGUGAAAAAAUCAUUCGAUAAUAAGAAGAAAGCUUCCGAUGCUAAGGUAGCAAGUUUAUCAGCAGAAAUGACAAAAAUGAAAAAAGUAGCUGAAGAUGAAAAAAACUAUAAAAUGGAAAAGGAACAAGAAGGUAGCAAAUAUAUAAAGGAGGCAAGGGAUGAUCUACAAAAGAUUUAUAGGCUUUUACUGCAAAAGAAACUUGAAAAUGAAGAUCUUAGAGCUGAGAAACAAACACUGCUUCAGGAGUUAGAUUUAUUGAAAAAAACAUGCGAACAAUGUAAAGAUAAAUGUCAAGGUAAAGAAAAAACCAUAUUAGACGAAUUAGGAAAAGUUGAUGCAGAGAUAGCUGGAUAUAAGGCGCGAUGCAUACAGUGUCACCAAAGCAUAGACACAACUGAUGUGCGAAAAUUCUGUGUUGAUUGCCCGAGAUGCGUUGAGCAAAGAGAUUGUCUCUACAAAGAUGGUUACUGCUGUCACGAUACUUCUAUAGACUGUGUUUGUAUGAACACAAAAGAAAAAUUCAUGGAUAACGUUUUUGAUAAUAUGUAUUCAGUGUUAGAGAAACAAAUCAAAAGUCCUAAUGGGAAAGCCGUGGCAAAUGCAGUGCUCGACUGCCUAAAGAAAAGCAGGAACGGCAAAUUAAAUGAACCAACGAGAAAGAAAUUGCAGGAGUUUGUACUUACCAGUGUCAAGAAGAAUUUGGAAUUGACCAUUGUCGGUGGAGCAGUAAAAACGAGAUGUGAGAUGGACCCGGACACCUAUAACCAACUGAUGCUUUGUUUGAAACUAGUGAAACCGUCGAAACCACCUAAAGAGGAUAAAGGAACUGUUGCUAAAAAGGAACCUUGCCCCCGUUGGGGUGAAACAAGUGAAUGUAACUGCCCUAAAGGACCAAAAGGCUGUAUAUGUACAAAAAAAGGUUUACCCAACCAAAGUGAUCUAGAAUCUUGUCCAACUAAAGACAAAGAUAAUGCUGGUGAAGUAACUACGUGCCCGCUCAAAGAACCAGCGCCUUGUAGUAGUGAAAGUGGUAUACAUAAGGAGCCAAGUGCUGUUGGAAAAGAAGUGGCAUCGAGGAAACCAGAAUCUUGUAAUGAUAAGAAAUGUGCAUUUUCAAAAAACAUGAGGGCAGCACAAUGUGUUUUAGGACCAGACUCUUUGAUAACAUCAUCAAAAAACUUUAAGACAAAAGUUCCUUUAAUCCCUGACAUAUCUGUGUUAGAGGAUCAGAUCGUUUGUAAAUGUGGAUCUACACCUAUGAAGCCUUGCCCAUGUAAAACAGAUACACAAUAUCUAAAAAUAGGAGUCGAUCAACUUACAGAGGGCACUAUCGCUUCAAAUUCUGAACGUGAUGAAGUUUUAAUAGAUAAUUAUGAUAAUGAGUCUGAGAAAUUAAAAGAAAUAGUUGAAAAAAUAAACGGUCAAUCUCAUUCAACGGAAAAAAAAGAACUUCAAAAAAUGGUAGACAAGUCAGAAAAUAUUGCAAAAUCUACAAAGUCUGAUGAACUUAAGAGCAGAACUUUAUACAAGAAACAACUGUCACUUGGAAAAUCUAAUAAAAAGGCCACACGCAAUGAUAAAAGACACUUAAAAAACCAAUUGACUAACCUCACCAAGACACCAUCUGGAUCUGUAGCUAUGGAAUUUGAUAAAGAUACCAUAAAACAAAUUGAAAAACAACUGAAAAGAAACCGUGAAAUACAUGCAACUAUUGUUAAAACUGACUCAGGUCAUCACAUGGUGAAUUUCAGUACGUGUGAUUGUUCCAAUACAGAUAUUUUUGUUUUCAAGAAAUCUUUAUCUGGGAGUUUAUUAAUGGAAAUCGAUAAAAAUAAUGUGACCAAGGACAAAACCAUUCCUGAAGAAAAAGAUUCCAAAAAUUCAGUUUCAGUAAACAUGCCAUUAGAUAAUUUGGACCAAAUCAAAACAAAGCAGUCUAUUAUUGGCCUUAAUAAUGAUGAGGGUGAAAUCCCAAAACACAACUGUGACCAAAACCUCACAACAACAACAACAAUACACAAAGAAAACAAACAAAAUACAAAUACGAAGAAUACUAUCACAUCAGAAAACAAUACAUUAAUUCUUUAUAAAUUACUUAUUAAAGACGCCAAUCAAGAUUUGGACUGUCCUCUUGCAGUACUACAAGAGACGAAAUCGAGUAAUUAUAUUCUCAACGUAGACAUGGAAUAUGAAAAACCAUUUAAAAAAACGAUGAAAGAACAUUUUGGUUCUGAUUUCGAAUGUCCGAUAGAACUAUCAAGGAAAUCACCAGGAAGUAUUGUAGUAGAUUUCGUAGAUAAUAAAGAUACAAUCGUCCCGAAUGCAGUCAUUACAAGAUCAAAGUCAGGUAACAUAACAAUUAAGGCUAAUUUAAAAAUAGUUUCUAAUCAAUUUAACAUCAGAAAAUCAUUUUCAUCUCAAGGAAAACGAGCCUCAGAAGUAUUUUCAAAAAUAAUAAACCGUUUACCGGGUUUGAACACAGAAUGUGCAGAUAUCCGUUAUUUCAAAGACAAAAAAUCAUGUAGUGACUCUAACUUAUUGCAUAAAGUUAAAAUAAAAGUACAAAACCAACAGAACUUGUUAUCCGAGUCUUCGGUUUUACUUAAAAGAACUUCAUCUGGUCGAUAUGCAGUUGUGUUGAAUAAAGAUUCGAAGAAAUCUUUUAUAAAUAACUUGAAGCGUUAUGUAUCCAGUGAUUCUCAUGGCAAAGUACCAAUCAAAAGGACAGAAAAUGGAGAAAUAAUAAUUUUGUUAAAUAAUGAGACAAAUGAAAAUAAUCAGUAUGAUUCACUAAAAAUCACUUCGUCCGGAAAUAUUUACGUCAUAGUCGAUGAAAAUUCUUUGAAAAAUAUCCCAAAUAAAAUUAAAAAUAAGACAGGAAGAAUUGACAAAGAUGCUAGUGCUGUUCAAAUAGUUGAAAGUAAAAACGUGACAACUACCUGUAAUGCUGUGCCUGAUUCUUGCGAUUCAUGUAAUUCUAAAAAAUGCGUUUGUGGGGAAGUGUUGCGCCACGGUGUAGAUGAUAUUCGGUUUGACAUUGAUGAUACUAAAUGUGUGAAGAGCUUUAAAUUUUGUUCUAUCGAAGACAGUCAUUAUGAUUGUAAAAAAUUCAAGUGUCGUUAUAAAAUUCCCAACAAGUAUUCAGAAAGCUUUAGCAAAACAGAUCGACAGAAACCAAGAGAUAAGUCACCACACAUUGUUAUUAGGCAAUGUUCUUGUCGUCCCGAGUCUAAAAAUGAAACUACGAGCAACGAACAACAGCUUUUUUAUGUUUCUCAAUCAGUUUGUCCAUUUCACAAAGACAGACAUGAAACGGUGUCUAAUGAGCUUAUAGAAAUAUCUGCGUUAUGUAACAAUCCCCAAAAAAUGGACAAUGAAGAUGAAGAUUAUGGCAAUAGUUACAAAAGCCAACCAGGUGACCACAAACUAUACUUUGAGCAGAAUGAUUCAGACUACUUAAAAUUUUUGCCUCCACAAUUACCUCCCUUUCUUUGUGGAUAUAGAAACACAUAGAUGUUUAUCAAUUAUUGUUUUAUGUAGUAAAGUUUUGUUUGAGCAAAAGUUAUAGAAAUUAAAUGGUUCUUAACUUUU